AUGGGUGCCUUUAUCAGGGACUUGAAGGAGACGUUCAAGAGCAUAGAGUACGUAUAUGUGUGGCACGCAUUGUGUGGCUACUGGGGUGGGAUUCGACCCCAUGUCCCCGGGAUGCCUGAAUCCAGGGUCAUAGCCCCUAAGCUCUCUCCUGGAUUGCAGAUGACCAUGGAAGAUCUGGCCGUCGAUAAGAUUGUCAACAACGGCGUGGGGUUGGUCCCACCUGAGAUGGUUCAGCAGAUGUACGAGGGGCUUCACUCGCAUCUGCAGUCCGUCGGAAUUGACGGGGUCAAGGUGGAUGUAAUUCAUCUGCUAGAGAUGUUGUGCGAGGACUACGGCGGUAGGGUGGAGCUAGCCAAGGCUUACUACAAGGCCAUAACGGAGUCGGUGCGGAAACAUUUCAGGGGCAAUGGUGUCAUUGCAAGCAUGGAGCACUGCAACGACUUCAUGUUCCUCGGAACUGAGGCCAUCUCACUUGGCCGCGUCGGGGACGAUUUUUGGUGCAUUGAUCCGUCUGGUGAUCCAAAUGGUACAUUCUGGCUACAAGGGUGCCACAUGGUGCACUGCGCGUACAAUAGCUUAUGGAUGGGGAACUUCAUACACCCUGAUUGGGACAUGUUUCAAUCCACCCACCCCUGCGCAGAAUUCCACGCUGCUUCCAGGGCAAUUUCAGGGGGCCCCAUUUACGUGAGUGACUCCGUCGGACAGCAUGACUUCCGGUUGCUUAAGAGCAUAGUGUUGCCCGACGGCUCGAUUCUCCGGUGCGAUUUCUACGCACUUCCCACUAGGGAUUGCCUCUUUCAAGAUCCAUUGCAUGAUGGGAAGACAAUGCUCAAGAUAUGGAACCUCAACAAGUUCACUGGAGUAUUGGGAGCAUUUAACUGCCAGGGAGGAGGUUGGUGCCGUGGAGCUCGAAGAAACAAGUGUGCCUCCGAGUUUUCGCAUUCCGUCGUGUCGGCUACGACGAGCCCGAACGAUAUUGAAUGGCAAAACGGAAAGAAUCCGGUUUCCACUGAAGGGGUACAAGUAUUUGCUGUUUAUAUGUUCCGGGCGAAGAAGAUGGUGCUCUUGAAGCCGUGGGAACAGAUGGACAUUUCAUUGGAGCCUUUUAAUUUCGAGCUACUUACAGUUUCUCCGGUGAAGUUAUUAUCGAACAAAAUCCAAUUUGCUCCGAUUGGAUUAAUCAACAUGCUUAACACUGGCGGUGCCAUUCGAUCACUGGAGUUAGACAUCAAGACAAACUCGGUUCGAAUUGGAGUGAGGGGAACCGGAGAGAUGAGGUCGUUUGCAUCAGAAAAGCCAAAAGCUUGUCUAAUUGAUGGUGAAGAGGUGCCGUUUACGUAUGAGGAGGAACACAUGGUUGUGGUUCAAGUUUCAUGGCCUACUUCUUCUGAGUUAUCUGUAAUUGACUACCAGUUUUAGAAUUGGGGGUGGAGAUUGAUUGGAUCCACAAAAAUGGAUUGAUGUUUGAUUUUUUUUUUUUUUGAUGGAACUAAAUAUAUGUAAUGUGAAUACUGGUAAAGCGUGCUCUUUUAUUUA